AGAAGAGAAUGGUAGCCCGUGACACCACAGAGCAUGGCAUGGGGCUCAUAUGAUUGUGUUGCUCACGGGACUCCCUUCUUUCUUUCCCUAUAUAAACCACCAUCUCCAGAACUACAGCCUCCAAACAGCAAUCAGUCCAAAAGAACUUGUUCUUUCAUAUAUCAAUGGAGGCUGGUCGGAAGCUAGUCUUGGUCGUGGUGGCGGUGCUGGUGGUGGUUGCUUGCACGAAUGUAGAGGUCUCUGAUGCGCAGACCAUUUGCAAUGUGCCUCUGAAUAACCUGAUGUCCUGCAGGGCGGCCAUAACAAGACCUAACCCUGCCAAGCCGAGCAAGGCCUGCUGCUCGGCGCUGUCGCUCGCCGACUUGGGGUGCCUCUGCUCGUACAAGAACUCCAACCUGUUGCCUUCCCUGGGGAUUGACCCUGAACUUGCCAUGCAGCUCCCUGGCAAGUGCAAUCUUCCUCACCCUGCCAAUUGCUAGAGAUCAAGGCCCUUGGCUACAGCUACAGUACUGUCUGAUGUAGCUAGAUAUAGCAGCUUAAGUUUAAAUAAAGCUUAUUUGUAUCAUUGUAUCCAUGACUAGAUGGGAUUAAGGUUGGAGUGAAAUGCUUAAUUAAUUUUCUGA